UUCUGGAGGAGGUGUACAUGAAGCAGCCAGAGGGGCUGGAUGAUGGGAGCGGCAGGGUCUGCAGGCUGAAGAAGGCCAUCUAUGGCCUUAAGCAGGCGCCUCGUACAUGGUAUCACAAGUUGGAGGAGGCGCUGUUGGCUGGAGGUUUCAAGAAGAAUGUGGAAAAGGGUGUGCUGAGGUUGCACCAGAGGAAGUACUGUGAGGGGCUGGCUGAGAAGUAUGGGUUGCAAGAUGGGGGAAAGCCAGCAACACCACUACCUUCGGGGUUUAGUGUGGAGCCAUGUGCUGAUGAGGAGGUAGUGGGUGAGAGCGACAGGAAGCUGUUUCAUUCGAUGCGGCUGCAGAGAGGUGCUGCAGAUGUGAAGAGUGGUGAGAUGCUCUUGAGUUGCUAUACUGACGCUAGCUUCAACUCAGUGAAAGCGGAUGGCACCAGCAUUGGGAGUUAUGUGUGCUUGCUAGGAGGUGGUGCUGUGAGCUGGCGCAGCAAGAAGCAGAAUGAGGUGGGAUUGUCCUCAUGUGAGACUGACCAGAGGGGGAGAUUGUUGUGUGAUGUCAUCAUAUGCUAUCACAUUCUGUCUGCCUCCCAUCCCAUGUUUUCAACUUGCAUGUGUGGUUUGAACGUGUGCAAGAAUUUGUAUUUUGUGAUGAUAGAUCUUGAGAAGAUCUUUCCGACGUAACAAGAAUCGCUUUAAUCGGAGCAAGAACGCGAAAGCUAUGAAGAUUCAAAGUUCAUGAGCUUGCGUUACAAUUGCGGCGGUUACAAAGUGAAGUUGUGGGGUGACUCUAUAUGGAGUUGGGACCUUUGGGGUUGGGGAAAUUCGUCACUCUACUUACGCGGCGUGCGACUCGGAGGACGAGGCGAAGGAGGCGGCGUGCGAGCGCAAGGCGUACCGGUCGUUCAAGAACUGCAAGUACGGCAAGUGGGGGUGCAAGGACUGGUGCCUCUUCCGCCGCCGCCACUGCAUCAAGUACGGCCGCCCCGUUGCGGAGUGCGAGGACAAGUACGUGGAGUGCGUGGAGGCGUGCCAGCCCAAGAAGGAGGAGAAGCCUAAGAAGAAGGAUCA